AUGAACGGUACAAUAUUUUGCGGUUGGAUGAUAGGAGCAAGCGGUUUAUCAGUUGCAUGGCUCGUCCUUUUAAUAUUCAUUAUAGCGGCCGUUUGGUCUUCAAGUUUAUUGAAAAUUAUAGAAACGGCUAAAAAUGAAGAAAUACUUAGAAUAAGGCGAAGAAAAGCGUUGUGCAAGGACGAAACUGCCGAAUGGGUUAAUUUUUUAUUUAAUAGAUGGUGGAUGGUCAAUUCCAGAAGCGUUUUUUCCAUUGUUAAAGAAAGGCUUGAACCUCUUUUGAAUUAUGCGAAACCGUCGUUUGUUGAAAACGUAAAACUUCGUCAAUUUACUUUUGGAGAAGAUACACCCUGUGUGAAAUCCGUAAAAAUGUACGAUGUAAUAGAUGGGAAAAGAACUCCGUAUUGCGGCCGAAAUAUAAAUUCCGAAAGAAGUUCACAAAAUCAAGUUGCUCUCAUUGUGGAUUUGUAUUUAAAUUCAGAAGAUUUUCGUUUGGUUUUAAAUACGAGGUUGUUUGGAAAAGGGAUGGGAGUGGAUUUAGACAUAGCAAUGGAAAAAUUAAACAUUUGCGGAAAAUUAGAAGUGCUUUUGACCAUUGAUAUGAAUUCAUCAUUUCCACACAUAUCGGAGGUUUCGAUUAUGUUUAUUGAAAAACCAGAAGUUUGGUUCAGCAUUCGAGUGCUAAAGUCAAUUCAAAUGAUGGAAGUUCCGGUUUUAAAAACUUGGAUCCACUCCGUGUUUAUGGACGCUCUCGAAACGGCUUUGGUCGAUCCCGGAAGAUUACAUUUAAAUUUUUUAAAAAAUCAAAUCACACCCGGUGUAAACAAUUGGGUAGCAUCCGCUCAGGGAGUUUUAACAAUCACCGUUUCGGCCACUCAAAACGGGACCGGAACCGGAGAUUCAAAAUGGCUGGUGUUCAAAUUAGGAAAUCAAUACUUCAAGUCGACGACGCUUUCUCAAAAUUGGAUUCAAACUUCGUCGUUUCUCGUUGAAUCGUUAAAAACGGAUAAAUUAAUUAUAAAGCUCAAAAGUAGGAGGUUAAUAAGCACUGUUACAUUGGCACAAUACGAAAUGUUUUUAAACGAUUACAAUUUGAAUAGUACUCAUUGCGUCGAAACUUCAUUGCAAAAAAAAAUAACGAAAGGUUCAAGCAUUCCAUCGAUAAAUGUUAAAUUAGAAUAUACUCCGUUGCCUUCUAUAUCCCUGGAUCAACCUCACAUGUUUUCAAUAAACGCAUCGUACGAGGACAGUUCCGUAGUUUCCGGAGUCAUAACGGUUUUUAUUCAUUCGGCCCAGGGUUUGACAUUUAGCGAUCCAAAUCAUUCUAAUUCAUAUUGUAUGCUUUUCAACGACAGACGAAAAGUUCUUACCACUCAUUGCAUUCACAAUUCGACUUCUCCACAGUGGCAAUCGAGAUGUCAAUUUUUGGUUAACAAUUAUAGUCACACGUCGUUGGCAUUUGUCGUCUGCUGUUCGUGGAACCCGAAAAAAAUAUCAAAUGACGAAAUGCUCGGGGUUGCCGUUUUUAAUUUUACAGAAGGUGAAACGUGGGUUCACAAUCGUCAGCUGACAAUGAACGGUUGCGCAUUUAAUACUCCAACGAUAAACGUUUCAAUCAUUUUUCAACCCGUCGAUGGCAUAAGCGAUACAAAUAGGAAAAAUUCAUUUUCGCCUAACGGUGACGAUUUCAUUUUUUUUUCGAAAUUAGAUUUAAUUGGUAAAACGGAUCAAGAAAUACAAAGUGGAUUAAAUAUAAGUCAAAUCCUAGCUAGCGGUUCGGGAUUAAUGGAAGUCACGAUAUUGCAGGCUCGCGAUCUUGUACCAAUGGAUAAAAAUGGAUUCAGCGAUCCGUAUUACGAACUUAGGGUUAAUGGCGAAUGUAAAUAUAAAUCCGGAGUCAAAAAAAAAACUCUUAAUCCCGUUUGGGAAGAAAAUGCCAUUAUGGGAAUACCGAAACCGGGAGAAACAUUCGAUAUCACAAUUUGGGAUCGUGACAUUUUGGGUAAAAAUGAUUUUCUCGGAAACAUUGGAUUCACGGUUGAAGAAAUUCGAGAAAUUUCAACGUUGAACGAACCAAAAUGGUUUUCUCUACAAGAAGUUAAAUCCGGAUCGGUCGAAUUGAAAAUUCGCAUAAUAUCAGAAGAUUUGGCAACGUUGGACGGAAUCGAUAAGAAAUCGUAUUCGAAUAAUUUAGAAGUAUCUAAAAAUUCAUCGGAAUCUAGUCCUGUGAUUCGUAGGAAAUCAAUGGAAAGAUCUCAUAUUAGGUUAGGUGUUAAUGUGCCUCCUCCUACUCCACCUCGAACUAUUUCCGUUCCGCAUCAUAAAAAUGCAACGCAGCAAUUAAUCGAACAAGUUAAUAAAAAUAUAACGAACGGAUUCCCGAAAUUUAUUUGCGACAAUUCGGAUGCUUCCACGUACAGCAGCAUUCAGUCUCUUUCCCGUGACGUCAAUGUAGAAAAUAGUCCAUCGUUGACUAGGACAAGUUCGAGAGCAAGUUCAAACGCACCUUUCGAAACAAAUUGUACGAGCAAACAAACUUCUCCUCAACCUCUGCCACCGAAAAAAAAUCUAGACGUUGAAGUCAGUGCCUUUAGGUCCAUGAAAGAAAAGGUUUCGAAAAGUUUAAGACUCAGAAGAUUCAAAUCGGAAUUAAGCGUGCGUCAGGAAAAUAAAAAUUCCAAAAAAUUUAAAGGACACGAUGACGAAAUUGAUUUUUUCAAAAGGGAACCUUUGAGUCACGCAAUAUCUCAACCGAACGUAAGAAACGGUAAAGGAUUAGCUCCGAGACCUACAGAAUUACAAAUAGGGUCGACAGGUAGACCUGAUAAAUAUACAGGCGUAGAAGGAAAAGUUAUUCAAGCUCAAGGACUUCACGUCGCACACGUCGCACAACUUUACUGCAGGAUAAAACUCAUUGGGGCGCAAACGGAGAGCAAAAAUGGAAAAUCACAGCAAAAUAAUAACAAUGGAAAAACCCUUGCAAAAAGUCAUUUGCUGCCAGCAGUGCCGAAUCCUCAAUUCGAUUUACAUUUUCAAAUAAGCAGUCCGGAAAACGUACCGAGACAAGCCGUUUUACUUUUUGAAAUAAGAAGUUCCGGAAAAGAAAUUGUGGCGGUGAGAAGAGUCACGUUACAGGAUUUGCUGUCGAACGAAGGUAAAGAAACACACACUUGGUUAGCAUUGAGCAACGGUGCAACGUUAGAAAUAACGAUAGCUCACGGUCGUGAACUUAAGAAACAAACAAAAAAACUUUUCAGGACAACACCGUUUGGCGGGAAAAAUUGUUUCGAAACUUUGUUUCGAACGAAAUUCAAAAUUAGUUACGUUCGAGAAAGAGUUCGUUAA